CAGUUGGAUGGAUGAGGUGAGCUUGCCUGUGUCGAGUCUCCUGGAUGAUGGCUGCUUUCGGGAUUCUAAGUUAUGAACACCGGCCACUAAAGCGGCCCAGGCUCGGUCCUCCGGAUGUCUAUCCUCAAGAUCCAAAGCAGAAAGAAGAUGAAUUGACUGCACUGAAUGUGAAGCAAGGUUUCAACAACCAGCCAGCUGUGACUGGUGAUGAACAUGGCACUGCCAAAUAUGUCAACUUCAACCCUUCAAAGAUCAGUUCAAAUUUCAGCAGCAUCAUUGCUGAGAAGCUUCGUUACAACACAUUUCCAGACACGGGGAAGCGUAAGCCACAGGUCAAUCAGAAGGACAACUUCUGGCUUGUCACGGCACGGUCACAGAGCUCCAUCAAUAACUGGUUCACGGAUUUAGCUGGAACUAAACCCCUAACACAGCUGGCAAAAAAGGUUCCCAUCUUUAGCAAAAAGGAAGAGGUAUUUGGAUACUUGGCCAAGUACUUGGUCCCUGUAAUGCGGUCAGCAUGGAUGAUCAAGAUGACAUGUGCAUAUCACGCAGCUAUUACAGAAACUAAAGUCAAGAAGAGGCAUGUGAUUGAUCCUUGUAUAGAAUGGACUCAGAUCAUUACUAAGUACCUGUGGGAGCAGCUUCAGAAGGUGGCUGAGUUUUACAGACAGUUUCCCAGUCAAGGAUGUAGCUCACCCCUUCCAGCCACCCCUGCUGAUGUGGAAACAGCCAUGAAGCAGUGGGAAUACAAUGAAAAGCUCGCCAUGUUCAUGUUUCAGGAUGGAAUGCUCGACAGACACGAGUUCCUGACGUGGGUUCUGGAGUGCUUUGAGAAGGUCCGACCUGGUGAAGAUGAACUUCUGAGACUUCUUCUGCCCCUUUUACUGCAGUACUCUGGGGAAUUUGUACAGUCAGCUUAUUUGUCUCGGAGGCUUGCUUACUUCUGCACACGCCGUCUCAAUCUGUUGCUGAGCGAUGGGAGCUUGGGCCCUGGCACAGGAGGACAUCCAGCACAUGGCAUUUUGGCACAGCAAGGUACUGCCUUGCCCCCUACUCCAACCUCCCAGCCAGCAGGAGGAAACCAACCCCAGACACCAUUCACAGAUUUCUACAUCUGUCCUCAGCACAGACCUCUGGUGUUCGGGCUCAGCUGUAUGCUACAGAGCAUAGUGUUGUGUUGUCCCAGCGCUCUGGUGUGGCAUUACUCUCUAACAGACAGCAGAAACAAGACUGGUUCCCCUCUGGACCUCUUGCCUAUUGCACCUUCAUGUUUACCAAUGCCUGGUGGAAAUACUGCCUUCACCCAGCAGGUCCGUGCAAAGCUGCGAGAAAUAGAAGAGCAAAUUAAGGAGAGAGGGCAGGCCGUGGAGUUCAGGUGGUCAUUUGAUAAGUGUCAGGAAACCACAGCAGGUUUCACAAUUGGGAGGGUUCUCCAUACACUGGAAGUUUUAGACAACCAUAGUUUUGAGAAGUCUGACUUUAGCAACUCAUUGGACUCGCUGUACAACCGAAUUUUCGGUUCAGGCCAGAGCAAAGAUGGCCAUGAGAUGUCACCAGAUGAUGACGCGGUGGUGACCUUGCUUUGUGAGUGGGCCGUGUGCUGUAAGCGCUCUGGUAGGCACAGUGCUAUGGUGGUGGCUAAACUGCUGGAGAAGAGACAGGCGGAAAUAGAGGCAGAGAGGUGCGGUGAGUCUGAGGUCGUGGACGAGAAGGGCUCUGUGUCAUCUGGCUCCUUGUCAGCUGCCACGCUGCCAGUCUUUCAAGAUGUCCUGCUGCAGUUUCUCGAUACUCAGGCACCCACACUGACGGAGCCUGGGAAUGAAAGUGAAAGAGUGGAGUUCUCCAAUUUGGUCCUGCUCUUUUGUGAGCUCAUCCGUCAUGAUGUCUUCUCCCACAACAUCUACAUGUGCACGCUCAUUUCUCGCGGUGACUUGUCUUCUGACUCCCAUCUGCCGCGGCCGCGUUCACCCAGUGACGAGCCCUCCGAUGAGUCAGAGCGCAAGGAGCAGGAUGCAGGCAACAACAUAAAGAUGGAGGAUGCUGGUCUGUCGGAGUCGAUGGAAAUCGAUCACAACUCCAGUGCUAAUUUUGAUGAGAUGUUCUCUCCUCCUAUGCACUGUGAGUCUAAGGGGAGCCCUUCUCCUGAGAAGCCAGCAUCAGAGCAGGACAACAAGACGAGUAAAGACAAGGGCCUUGAUCCUGCCUUUCCUCAGCUGUAUGAGCAGCCACGCCACAUUCAGUAUGCUACUCACUUCCCUAUUCCUCAGGAGGAGAGCGCCAGCCACGAGUGCAACCAGCGGUUAGUAGUUCUGUACGGUGUGGGUAAACUGAGAGACGAGGCACGACACACCAUCAAGAAGAUUACCAAAGAUAUCUUGAAAGUACUCAAUCGCAAAAGCACAGCAGAAACAGGAGGUGAAGAAGGACAGAAGAGGAAGCGGAGUAAGCCUGAAGCCUUUCCCACUGCAGAAGAUAUUUUCUCUAAAUUCCAGCAUCUUUCCCACUUUGAUCAGCACCAGGUUACUUCUCAGGUGUCCAGGAACGUGUUGGAACAGAUCUCCAGCUUUGCCUCAGGGAUGAGUUACCAUCUGCCUCUUGUCCAGCACAUCCAGUUCAUCUUCGACCUCAUGGAGUACUCGCUCAACAUUAGCGGCCUCAUUGACUUUGCUAUUCAGCUUCUCAAUGAGUUGAGUCUGGUGGAAGCCGAGUUACUGCUGAAGUCGUCCAGUCUGGUUGGAAGCUACACCACCAGCUUGUGUCUGUGUAUUGUUGCUGUGUUGAGACGGUACCACUCGUGCCUGAUUCUUAAUCCUGAGCAGACGGCGCAGGUUUUUGAUGGGCUGCGUGUCGUGGUGAAGUCGGGCGUGAACCCAGCAGACUGUUCCUCUGCGGAGCGCUGUAUCUUGGCUUACCUGUAUGACCUCUACACCUCCUGUAGUCACCUCAAGAGCAAGUUUGGAGAAAUUUUCAGCGAGUUUUGCUCCAAAGUAAAGAACUCCAUCUACUGCAAUAUUGACCCAUCAGACUCUAACAUGCUUUGGGAUCCUGGCUUCAUGAUGGAAGCCAUUGCCAAUCCUUCAGCCCACAACUUCAACCAUUCCAUGGUGGGCAAGAUCCUCAAUGACAGCCCAGCAAACCGUUACAGCUUCGUCUGCAAUGUGCUGAUGGAUGUGUGUGUGGACAACAGAGACCCAGAGAGGGUGAACGACAUUGGGAUCCUGUGUGCAGAGUUGACGGCCUAUUGUCGCUAUCUGAGUGCAGAGUGGCUCGGUAUUCUCAAGGCUCUGUGCUGCUCCUCCAACAAUGGCAACUGUGGCUUCAAUGACUUACUCUGUAAUGUUGAUGUUAGCGAUUUGUCCUUCCAUGAUUCUCUGGCAACCUUCGUAGCCAUUUUAAUUGCAAGACAGUGCCUGCUCCUAGAAGACUUGGUUCGCUGUGUGGCCAUUCCUUCUCUCCUUAAUGCGGCCUGCAGCGAGCAGGACUCUGAGCCUGGUGCUAGACUUACCUGCAGGAUUUUGUUGCAUCUUUUUAAGACACCCCAGCGUAACCCUGUCCCCCAAGAUGGUAUAAAAUCAGAUAAAUUAUCAGUUGGUAUCCGGUCAUCCUGUGAUCGUCACCUUCUCGCCGCUUCUCAAAAUAGCAUAGUUGUUGGAGCCGUGUUUGCUGUCCUCAAAGCUGUCUUUAUGCUGGGUGAUGCAGAAUUAAGGGGCUCAGGACUGCCACAUCCUGCUGGCCUUGAUGACAUCUCUGAGGGGCUCAAUGUCUCUGUAGAAACAGCCAGCUUAGAUGUAUAUGCAAAGUAUGUUCUGAAGACCAUCUGCCAGCAGGAAUGGGUUGGAGAGCGCUGCCUUAAGUCUUUGUCUGAGGACAGCAGUGCCCUUCAAGACCCAGUCCUGGUAAAUAUUCAGGCCCAGCGGCUACUGCAGCUUAUUUGCUACCCUCACCGCCAGCUGGAUAGUGAUGAUGGCGACAACCCUCAAAGACAACGUAUCAAACGUAUCCUGCAGAAUAUGGAUCAGUGGACGAUGAGGCAGUCGUCUCUAGAGUUGCAGUUGAUGAUCAAACAAAGCACCAACAAUGAGCUCUAUUCUCUCUUGGAGAACAUAGCCAAGGCCACCAUUGAGGUGUUUCAGAAAUCAGCUGAGAUGAACUCGAGUAACCUUUCAGGGAACGGGACAGCAGUUCAAGGUGGCUCCACAACAAACGCCACGACUGCCAUCACAAGCAAGAUGAAACCCAUUUUAAGUUCAUCAGAGCGGUCCGGUGUUUGGCUGGUGGCGCCACUGAUUGCCAAGUUACCCACCUCAGUUCAGGGACAUGUCCUGAAGGCAGCAGGAGAGGAGUUGGAGAAAGGACAGCACCUGGGCUCUUCCUCACGAAAGGAGAGGGACAGGCAGAAACAGAAGAGUAUGUCUCUGCUGAGCCAGCAGCCGUUCCUGUCCUUAGUGCUGACCUGUCUGAAGGGGCAAGAUGAACAGAGGGAAGGUCUUCUCACCUCCCUCUACAGCCAAGUGCAGCAGAUUGUCACCAACUGGAGAGAGGACCAAUACCAGGAUGACUGCAAGGCGAAGCAAAUGAUGCACGAGGCCCUGAAGCUGCGACUGAACCUGGUGGGUGGCAUGUUUGACACUGUGCAGCGAAGCACCCAGCAGACAACUGAGUGGGCGGUCCUACUCCUUGACAUCAUUAGUAGUGGCACAGUGGACAUGCAGUCUAAUAACGAGCUCUUCACCACAGUGUUGGACAUGUUGAGUGUUCUGAUUAAUGGCACACUGGCUGCUGACAUGUCGAGCAUCUCUCAGGGCAGCAUGGAGGAGAAUAAAAGGGCCUACAUGAAUCUGGUCAAGAAGCUGAGGAAGGAGCUUGGUGAUCGGCAGUCAGAAAGUUUGGAAAAAGUGCGCCAGCUUCUACCACUGCCCAAGCAAAUGCGUGACGUCAUUACCUGUGAACCACAGGGCUCCCUAAUAGAUACUAAGGGUAACAAGAUAGCAGGUUUUGAGAAGGAGGGCCUUCAAGUUUCGACCAAACAGAAGAUUUCUCCUUGGGAUGUCUUUGAGGGUUUGAAACAUUCAGCUCCACUCUCCUGGGGCUGGUUUGGGACUGUGCGAGUGGACCGCAAGGUCACUAAAUUUGAGGAGCAGCAGCGCUUUCUCCUUUAUCACACCCACCUGAAACCCAAACCUCGCAGCUAUUACCUGGAGCCCCUCCCACUUCCUCCCGAAGAGGAAGAGCCCUUGACACCUGUAUCUCAGGAACCAGAAAAGAAGAUUGAGGCAGUUAAGCCAGAGAAGAAUGUACCUACUGUGGCUUCAGAUUCCAAGAAGAAGUCCAGCAAGAAGAAGAAAACGCCUUCUGCAAAGACGGAGGACUUUGUGAAUCGUACACCGAGUGGUGUUGCCUAUGGAACGAGUAUGCCGCCUGAUCUGAUGCAGAACCACCCAUAUGGUAGAAUAAGCUACGGGCAGCAGCCAAUGGGCAUGUACACACAGAACCAGCCCUUACCUCCAGGAGGACCUGGAUUAGAUACUCCAUACAGACCUCCACGCAACCCACAAAUGGCCAAAAUGAUGCCAACGCGACCAAACUACCCACCCAUGAUGCCCAGCAUGCAGGGAAGCAUGCCUGGCAUGAUGGGAUUGGACAAUAAAUAUCCAAUGGGCUACAAACCCCAGCCUAAUAUACCACAGGGCCAAAUCCUGCGCCAGCAGCUCCAGGUUAGACUGAAUCACAGCAUGUUAGGGCAGCAGAUUAGACAAAUGACACCAAACCAGCCGUACACUUCAAUGCCGGCUUCUCAGAACAUAUCUCAGGGCUAUACCACGUACGGAUCGCACAUGGGGAUGCAGCAGCAUCCAUCCCAAGGUGGUGGUAUAGUUCCUUCUUCUUAUGGGAACCAGAACUUCCAGGGAGCCCAUCCUGGAGCCAACCCGGCUGCAGUGGAUCCUCUGAGGCAAAUGCAACAGAGACCCAGUGGUUAUGUGCACCAGCAGGCCCCAGGCUACGCCCACAGUAUGCAGAACACACAGAGAUUUGCCCACCAGCCCCUCCAGCAGAAUCCUAUCAUGCAUGGUCUUAGCCAUAUGGGAGGCCAGGGUGUCCACCCAGGCAUGAGGUCCAAUCAGAUGCUGGCAGAACAACAACAACAACAACAGCAGCAGCAGCAACAGCAACAGCAGCAACAACAAGCAGUACAGCAACAGCAGCAGUACCUCAGACAACAAGCACUCCGACAGCAACAGGUCCAGCAAGUUCAACAGCAGCAGCAGCAGCAACAACAGCAGCAGCAGCAGCAACAGCAAGUCCAGCAACAGCAGGUUCCACCCCAACAACAAGUUCCCCAGCAGCAGCCACAGCAGCAGCAGCAGGUAUCGGCAGUGCCUCCACCGGGCCAGGCCCAGAACCAGGGCCUGGGCAUGCAGCCGCUGCCCCCACAGCAACCCAUGUUUCCACGACAGGGAAUGCAGCAGACUCAACAGCAGCAGCAGACUGCCGCUCUGGUCCGGCAGCUGCAACAGCAGCUUUCAAAUUCACAACCAGGACAGAGCACCAACACUUACUACUGAUGGUGUCUGUUUACACGUCAUAAAUGUGUUCAGUUCACAGAAGAAAGCAAAAAAGAGCAAUGCACAAAGGACCACCAAAUGGAUGAACCAAAUCCCAACCGACUUCAGUUAUGUAACUACAGAUUGCACUCUGAAGUAAAGGUUUAUGUAAAAGAAAAAGUAAUUAUAAGAGUGCAAUUUUUUUUUUUAUUUCACUUUGUACAAUUUUUCAGUUUCCUGUUUCAUUAAAAGAAUCAUGUCAGAUUUUUUGUCUUGUACUUGGUGUUUUAUGGCUGUAUAAUCUGUUAAAGAUCUCAAUGUCAUGAG